AUGAGGGCCAUCCCGUCCACAGUGGAGGAGAGCUCCAUGAACCGUACCAUCCUGGGCUGUGAGAGCCAGAUGUACCCCAAUAUCGUCAUCGUAAACAAAGAGGCCAAGAAGGUCGUGAUCAUGGACACAACCAUCCCCUUCAAGAACCAGCGCCAAGCCUUCACUGACACCUGGGCUCACAAGCGGGAGAAGUAUGCCCCACUGGCUGACAUCCUGAGGGACCGCGGCUACAACGUGACGGCCAACGCACUCAUUGUGGGAAUGCUCGGAGCCUGGGACCCCAGCAACGAGAACGUCCUGCAUGCCUGCCACAUCUCCUGCUGCUACGCCAAGCUGAUGCGCUGUUGGGCCAGCUGCUGCUUCUGCAGCACAGCCAGGUCUCUGAGCCUGCUGUCUUCCCUCCCAGGCGAUGGCUUCUCAGACUGGAUGACGGAGAGGGGGGGGUUCUCUCUCCUGAUGGAGUCAGGGGACCCAUCGCUGCCUUCAUCCCCACUGCCCGAUCUGGAGGCCAUGGCCUCCCUGCUAAAGAAGGAGCUGGAGCAGAUGGAGGAUUAUUUCCUGGAGGAGUCGCUGUCCCCCAGCUUAGGCCUGGCCCCAGACCAAGUGGCCCCCAGCACGCCACCCUCCCACCAGCCUUCCUUCCACUUCCCCUUUGGCGAUGCACCAGGGCCAGCAGACUCCUUCCCUCCCUUUGGCAACAGCUCCACCUCACUGCAGACCCUGGAUUCUGGCUGCCUAGAGCUCCUCACUCUCUAUGGGGCAGAGGUGCCAGGGGAGUGCCAAGGCCAGGGCCUGCUGGAGGAGCAGAUAAGCAACCCAUCUGCCCCCAAGCUGAGCAGGCUUGGGCCAUACAAGCAGCCAGUGGCCCCCUGUGCACCAGCCCCACCCCAGCCGCAGCAGAAGGGUGACCGCAAGCAGAAGAAACGGGACCAGAACAAGACAGCAGCUCUGCGCUACCGGCAGCGGAAACGGGCAGAGUAUGAGGCACUGGAUGAUGAGUGCCAGAGCCUAGAAGCUAGGAACCGGGAGCUGAAGGAAAAGGCAGACUCCAUUGAGCGCGAGAUCCAGUAUGUCAAGGACUUGCUCAUUGAGGUCUACAAGGCCCGGAGCCAAAGACUCCGCACCACUUAAGGCAGGGUGUGUGGCUCUAGCCUUGGGGACACGGACCCAUGGGGGUAGGUCUGCCUUAGGGUACCCAAAAGGGAGCUGGUGGGAGUAAGUGGGGUUGUGUAGUAGGUAGGUAGCUAGCUAGAUAGUGACUGCCCUCUUGUGUUACAUGCAUGUAGUACAGCCCUGGCAGGGAAGCAUGCUGCAGAACAAGGAAGUUUUCCUAGUAUCACAUGGGCACUGAUUCUGCUAAUGUGCCUCUUUGCCAGGGUAGAGUGCAGGUGCUAGUGCUGGUGUGAAGAAGGUGGGAGAAGUGUCCUGGUGUGGAGAAAAAGGAUGUGGUGUAGAAAGAGAUGGUGGCAAGACAGGAAAGAAGGGGCAGGAGCAGUGGAGACAGGCAGAGCCUUUUUUUAUAGACCACAACCUGCUGCUGCUUUUUCUAGUGUAAAAGCCAAUAAACACUGUUCUGCACUUGC